AGUUCCUAGUGAAGAAUGCAAUGGGAUCAAUAGCAUGUCUGUGGAGAGUGGCCCUGGGACAAGACUGAGAAAUUUACCAGUAAUGGGGGAUGGACUAGAAACUACACAAAUGUCUACAACGCAGGCCCAGGCCCAACCCCAACAAGGCAGCACUGCAGGCAGUAAUCCCCCACCCCCAGAGACUUCCAAUCCUAACAAACCCAAGAGACAAACCAACCAACUGCAAUAUCUGCUCAAAGUGGUGCUUAAGACAUUAUGGAAACAUCAGUUUGCGUGGCCUUUCCAACAGCCUGUGGAUGCAGUCAAGCUGAACCUCCCUGAUUAUUAUAAAAUUAUUAAAACACCGAUGGAUAUGGGAACAAUCAAGAAACGCCUGGAGAAUAACUACUACUGGAAUGCUCACGAAUGUAUCCAGGACUUUAACACGAUGUUUACAAAUUGUUACAUCUACAAUAAGCCAGGAGAUGACAUAGUCUUAAUGGCAGAAGCUCUAGAGAAGCUCUUCUUGCAGAAAAUCUCUGAAUUGCCCCCAGAAGAAACUGAAAUCGUAAUAGUCCAGGCAAAAGGAAGAGGACGUGGGAGGAAAGAAGCAGUGACAUCAAAACCUGGAGCCUCAGUGGUACCAAACACGACUCAAGCAUCAACCCCACCCCCAACACAGACCCCUCAGCAGAAUCUUCCGCCUGUACAAACUCAUUCCUUUCCUGCUGUAACCCCUGAUCUUAUCAUCCAGACUCCAGUAAUGACAGUGGUGCCUGCCCAGACACUUCAAACUCCCCCACCCCAACAAAAUCAACCCCUUUUUCUCAACCUCUCUACAUUCUGUUUAUCUGAGUCAUUUACUGGAUUUAUGAGAAUGUCCCUUCAGAGAUGGAAUUAUGGUCUACCUCUUUUAUCAGCCAAGUCAGCUUGGUUCCAUUUGCAGAGCUGUUAUUGCUGGGAUGAGGAUGUGUUUGAGAUGCGUUUCGCAAAGAUGCCUGAUGAACCUGAAGAGCCAGUGGUUGCUGUGUCCUCCCCUGUGGUAGCACCACCCACCAAGGUAGUGGCUCCACCAUCAUCUAGUGAUAGUAGCAGUGACAGCUCCUCAGACAGUGACAGCUCAACCGAUGACUCUGAGGAGGAGAGAGCUCAGCGUCUGGCAGAGCUUCAGGAACAGCUCAAGGCAGUGCAUGAGCAACUUGCUGCACUCUCCCAGCCUCAGCAGAACAAACCAAAGAAAAAAGAAAAAGAUAAGAAAGAGAAAAAGAAAGAGAAGCACAAAAAGAAAGAGGAAGUGGAGGAAAACAAGAAAGGCAAAGCAAAAGAACCACCUCCCAAAAAGACAAAGAAAAGUAAUAGCAGCAACAACAAUGCCAGCAAGAAGGAACCUAUGCCUGUGAAGAACAAGCCUCCUCCCACCUAUGAGUCAGAAGAAGAGGACAAAUGUAAGCCAAUGUCCUAUGAAGAGAAGAGACAAUUGAGUUUGGACAUUAACAAACUUCCUGGUGAGAAGCUGGGCCGGGUUGUCCAUAUCAUACAGUCCCGAGAGCCCUCACUGAAGAACUCUAACCCAGAUGAAAUUGAAAUUGACUUUGAGACACUGAAACCUUCUACUUUACGAGAACUAGAGCGCUAUGUCACCUCAUGUUUGCGGAAAAAGAGGAAACCUCAAGCUGAGAAAAUUGAUAUGAUUGCGGGGUCCUCUAAAAUGAAGGGCUUUUCAUCUUCAGAGUCUGAGAGCACCAGUGAAUCCAGUUCUUCUGACAGUGAUGACUCAGAAACAGAGAUGGCACCAAAAUCCAAAAAGAAAGGUCAUCCUGGGCGGGAACCAAAGAAGCACCACCAUCACCACCAUCAGCAGGCACCACCACAGCAGCAGCCUCCCCCACCAACAACUCAACUACCGCAACAGCAGCCCCCAGCCCAACCACCACCACCACAACAGCAGCCCUUACCACCACCAGCCCCUCCCUCUAUCCCUCAGCAGACAGCCCCACCAAUGAAGUCCUCCCCACCUCCCUUCAUCCCUGCCCAGGUGCCAGUUCUUGAGCACUCACUCCCAGGGAGUGUCUUUGAUCCCAUCACCCACUUUGCCCAACCAAUCAUACACCUCUCCCAAACUGAGCUGCCUCCCCACCUCCCCCAGCCGCCUGAGCACAGCACUCCACCUCAUCUCAACCAGCAUGCGGUAGUUUCUCCUCCAGCUUUGCACAAUGCUCUGCCCCAGCAGCCAUCAAGGCCUAGCAAUCGAGCUGCUGCCCUGCCCCCCAAGCCAGCCCGCCCCCCAGCUGUGUCACCUGCACUCUCUCAGCAGCCCCUUCUCCCUCAGCCACCAAUGCCUCAGCCACCCCAAGUCCUAUUAGAGGAUGAAGAGCCGCCUACCCCACCUCUCACUCCCAUGCAGAUGCAGAUAUACCUACAACAGCUACAGAAGGUGCAGCCAUCCACCCCUCUCCUCCCUUCUGUGAAGGUGCAAUCCCAGCCUCCCCCUCCCCUACCGCCUCCAGCCCAUCCCUCUGUGCAGCAACAGUUGCAGCAGCAGCAGCACCAACCCCCACCACGGCCCAUGCACAUGCAGCCCAUGCAAUUUCCUCCCCAUAUCCAGCAACCACCCCCCCCUCCCCAGCAGCCCGCCCACCCACCUCCAGGGCAACAACCGCCGCCACCGCAGCCAGCCAAGCCUCAGCAAGUCAUCCAACACCAUCCUUCACCACGGCACCAUAAGUCUGAUCCCUACACAACCAGUCAUCUACGAGAAGCUCCCUCCCCACUCAUGAUGCAUUCCCCCCAAAUGCCACCGUUCCAGGGUCUGGCUCACCAGUCUCCACCACAACAAAACGUCCAACCCAAGAAACAGGAGCUUCGAGCAGCCUCAGUAGUGCAGUCCCAGCCCCUGGUAGUAGUGAAGGAGGAGAAGAUCCACUCACCCAUCAUCCGAAAUGAACCCUUUGGCCCUUCCCUUCGACAGGAUCCCCCUAAGCACCCUGAGAACAUUAAGGCCCCUGUCCAUCUCCCUCAACGGCCUGAAAUAAAGCCGUUAGAUGUUGGCAGACCUGUGAUCCGACCUCCUGAACAGAGUGCACCCCCAGCAGUGGGACAAGACAAGGACAAGCAGAAGCAAGAACCCAAAACCCCAGUUGCUCCCAAAAAGGAUCUCAAGAUCAAGAACAUGGGCUCCUGGGCCAGCCUAGUCCAGAAACACCCCACCACUCCGUCCUCCACAGCCAAGUCAUCAAGUGAUAGCUUCGAACAGUUUCGACGAGCUGCUCGAGAGAAGGAGGAGCGAGAAAAGGCCCUCAAAGCCCAAGCUGAGCAUGCUGAGAAGGAAAAAGAGCGAUUAAGAAGGGAACAGGAGAGGAUGAGGAGCAGAGAAGAUGAAGAUGCCCUAGAGCAAGCCCGGAGGGCUCACGAAGAGGUUAGGAGGCGUCAGGAGCAGCAGCAGCAGCAGCAGCAGCAACAGCAGCAACAACAACAGCAGCAGCAGCAGCAGCAGCAGCAGCAGCAGCAGCAGCAGCAGCAGCAACAGAGACCAGAACAACAGCAGCCACCAGUAGCUGCAGCCUCUUCAGCUCCCCAAGCACAAAGCUCUCAACCCCAGGCCUCCCAGUCCAUGCUGGAUCAACAGAGGGAGUUGGCCAGGAAACGGGAACAAGAGCGAAGGCGCAGGGAGGCGAUGGCAGCUACCAUUGACAUGAAUUUUCAGAGUGAUCUUUUGGCAAUAUUUGAAGAGAAUCUUUUCUGAUAGCGCCUGAGUUUCUUCUGACUCUGAUUUUCUGGCAAAACUGACUCUGCCUAGUGUUACUGGCGGCUGGGAGGGGGUGUCCCUUGGGCCCAGCCCUUGUGCAUGUUCCACCCGUCGUGGGUCUGUCAGCCAAGGAUCAGCAGAGUCUGCCUUACCGUUGGACUUCCCCACCCCCUGCACACACUGAAGUCAGACCCAACCUCAAGCAAGCGCUGGACCAGGUGGUUCUUAGGCAUGAAUGAGGUCCUCCUCUAUGCCAGACUUAUUCACAGUAUAUCCAGGAUGUCACGUUCUUUACUAGUUUUCUAACCUUGAGAGUUAGGAGCCCCAUCAGGGGCCUUGUCUCCCGCCCUGGCAUCAGUUACCACUAUCUCUACCCUACAUCAUAAGACCAGGGGUAGCAGAGGUAGUCCAUGGAGAAUAGGAACCCACCCAUGUUGUUUGGGAAUGGGGUGGAGGGGUGAUAACAGUUGGGACCAGCCCCCAGCUGCCUAAAAGUCCCUAGUCACACUGGCUUUGCCUUGAACAGAAUUCUACCCUGCCCCAUCCCCUUCGAGCCUUUAACUGAGAUCCGUUUCUCUGUAAGUGUUCGCUUGUGAAAAAGGGAAUAGUCCAGUGGAGGUGUGUGAGUGUCCAUGGCCAUUUGGAGUGAGGUGGUCGUCAUAGCACGCGUGUGUGGAGGCCUCGCUUGGGAGCGAGACUACCAACCAAAGUCAGUUCCUUUCCGCCUUUUUUUUUCCUUUCUGCCUUCCUUCCUUUCUGUUCUUUUUAAAUCUUAUUUUUUAAUUUUCCUUCAGACACAAAGG